AUGAGGAACAUCUUCAAGAGGAACCAGGAGCCCAUUGUGGCUCCUGCCACCACCACUGCCACGAUGCCUGUCAGGCCGGCCGACAACUCCACAGAGAGCACGGGCACGGGGGAGAGCCAAGAAGACAUGUUCGCCAAGCUGAAGGACAAAUUCUUCAAUGAGAUCAACAAGAUCCCCUUGCCACCCUGGGCUCUGAUUGCCAUGGCUGUGGUUGCUGGUCUCCUGCUGCUCACCUGCUGCUUCUGCAUCUGCAAGAAAUGCUGCUGCAAGAAGAAGAAGAACAAGAAGGAGAAGGGCAAGGGCAUGAAGAACGCCAUGAACAUGAAGGACAUGAAAGGGGGCCAGGAUGAUGAUGAUGCAGAGACCGGCCUGACCGAAGGAGAAGGUGAAGGCGAGGAGGAGAAGGAGCCAGAGAACCUGGGCAAACUGCAGUUUUCUCUGGACUAUGAUUUCCAAGCCAACCAGCUCACCGUGGGUGUCCUGCAAGCGGCUGAACUGCCUGCCCUGGACAUGGGUGGUACUUCAGACCCCUAUGUCAAAGUCUUCCUCCUCCCAGACAAGAAGAAGAAAUAUGAGACCAAGGUGCACCGGAAGACACUGAACCCCGCCUUCAACGAGACCUUCACUUUCAAGGUGCCAUACCAGGAGUUAGGAGGCAAAACCCUGGUGAUGGCCAUCUAUGACUUUGACCGCUUCUCUAAACAUGACAUCAUCGGAGAGGUGAAGGUACCCAUGAACACCCUGGACCUCGGCCAGCCCAUUGAGGAGUGGAGAGACCUACAAGGCGGGGAGAAGGAAGAGCCGGAGAAGCUAGGUGACAUCUGUACCUCUUUGCGCUACGUGCCCACUGCUGGGAAACUCACAGUCUGUAUCCUGGAGGCCAAGAACCUCAAGAAGAUGGACGUGGGGGGCCUUUCAGACCCCUAUGUGAAAAUCCACCUGAUGCAGAAUGGCAAGAGACUCAAGAAGAAGAAGACAACCGUGAAGAAGAAGACCCUGAACCCUUACUUCAACGAGUCCUUCAGCUUCGAGAUUCCCUUUGAGCAGAUCCAGAAAGUCCAGGUGGUUGUCACUGUGCUAGACUACGACAAGUUGGGCAAGAACGAAGCCAUUGGCAAGAUCUUUGUGGGCAGCAAUGCCACAGGCACAGAGCUGCGGCACUGGUCUGACAUGCUGGCCAACCCUCGGAGGCCUAUCGCCCAGUGGCAUUCUCUUAAGCCAGAGGAGGAAGUGGAUGCGCUCCUGGGGAAGAACAAGUAG